GACCGAAGUGCAAGUCCUUAAAGAAGAAAGAAACGGAUACUUAAUUGUUACCGAACUGAUUGCAUUUCAAGUGCAAUGGCUAGAUUAAAGAAGUGCACGGACAAAGAUAUAUCUGUAUUACUUGAAACAAGUUCAGAGUCAAAUGAAUUCGAAGAACUGGACGAAUCUUAUGUGCCGAAGAUAAGCACUGAUAAUAAUUCUUUCGACCUGUCUGAUUCUGACGAGAUCUUUGACGGUAAUGUGCCGAAGAAAAGCACCAAUAAUGAUUCUUUCGAUUCUGACAAGAUCUUUGACAAUAACAAACGUUUCUUGUUACGAAGCAAUGCGUUGCAAAAGGAUCAAGUCUCUUUACGUUUAAGAUUGAGACGUUCCACAGAACAAAGUAUGUAUAAGAUAGACACCGAGUCGGAAGAUGAAAAACCUAAGAGAGUAACCAGAAGUACAAAACGCCAUUUGAAAAAUUUGCAAGAUGAAAAUCAGAUGCCGCGUAAGGGCGCGAGAAAUAUAAAGUUACCUAAAAGAUAUUCAGAUUAUGAUUGUUAUUCCUCUAAAUCACAAGUGCAGAGAGAUCAGGUUAAUUACAAUGAAAAGAACCUACUUCUUGGUUCAGUGGAGACUUUCAAAACGAGAAAACGAGAAACCAGCAAACACGCAGUCAAGAGUGAUGAUGAUUCAGAUUGCAUUUGUGUUAGUCUUGUUCCAAAGACACCGUCUACAAGAACAAGAUCAAAACUUAAUAAACAGAAUCCUGCUGAUUCUGUAGACGAUAUCGAUGACAAUGCUACUCCUAAAGUUAGAACCAGAUCAAAAUAUACAUCUCCCUCUGUAGAUAAAGAAUUAAAAAGAGAUAACGUAGAUAAAUCACCUAGUAAGAAGAUAUAUCUUGAAACAGAUGCAAUGCAAAAUGUUUCACUUAAUUGUACUCCUAAAAGGUCGAGAAUUCAGAGGAGCAGUCGCAGAACAAUUUCAACUAUGCCUAAUAAAUGUGAAUCAGUACAAAAAGAUGAGAAUAAGAGUAAAGCUGAUAAGGUGGACAUUAUACAUAAAGCUGUUAAAGGUUUGUUUAUAAAAAAUAGUCAAGGAAACGAUGACGCUAUUGAAUCACCAGUAGUACAGAAUGGUUUGAGUACUCCAAAGGUUCGUGCAUUGUUGAAGCAGAACGCUUUGACACCAUCUAUGAAAAGGAGAACUGAUAUGCUAGUUAAACCAGCAACGCCAUUGCAAGAAAUCAGAACUAGGUUGCAUGUCAGUGCAGUUCCCAAGUCGUUACCUUGCAGAGAGGAAGAGUUUAAUAACAUUUAUACAUUUCUAGAAAGCAAGCUAAUGGAUAACAGUGGAGGAAGCAUUUAUAUAAAUGGCGUCCCAGGUACAGGGAAAACAGCUACUGUAAAUGAGAUUUUGAAAUGUCUGAAGAGAGCUGUGGAAAAGGGUAAAUUGGACCAUUUUGACUUUGUUGAGAUUAAUGGUAUGAAAUUAUCUGAGCCGAGGCAAGCUUACGUACAGAUUCUAAAGCAAUUAUCUGGAAAAGUUUUAACGUGGGAACAAGCAUAUAAUAUGUUAGAAAAGAGAUUUAGUAGCAAUGCUAAGAGACCAAUGACGUUGCUACUUGUAGAUGAGCUUGAUUUAUUGUGUACAAAACGACAAGAUGUAAUAUACAAUUUAUUGGACUGGCCUACAAAAGCCUCUGCUCGAUUAGUAGUUAUUACUAUUGCCAAUACUAUGGAUCUUCCAGAGAGAGUUUUAAUGGGUAGAGUCACGUCACGAUUAGGUCUUACCCGAGUAACGUUUGAACCAUACAAUUAUAAACAAUUAUACGAGAUAGUGUUAACUAGACUUAAAAACACAGACAUUUUCGAAAAUGAAAUUAUACAAUUAAUUGCACGUAAGGUGUCCGCAGUAUCAGGCGACGCUCGUCGCGCUUUGGACAUUUGUCGUCGAGUGGCAGAAAUUACGGAAACACGCAACAGUACUACAGUAAACGUACAAGAUGUGAAUGAGGCUUUGUCGGAGAUGAUAAUAAAUCCGAAAGUUCAAGCGGUAAAACAUUGUUCAAAAUUUGAGCAAAUAUUCUUGCAAGCCGUAUGUGUGGAAGCCAAACGAAUUGGUGUGGAAGAAGUUUGUUUCAAAAAUGUUUAUAGACAAUUUGAUUCUUUAUGUUCCUUUGAUGGUUACAAAACACCCAAUAUUACUCAGACACUUGAUAUUUGCUCCAAGUUGGGUGACUAUAGAUUGUUAUUAUGCGAAUAUUCAGGUAGCGAUAUACAUCAAAAGAUUCUGUUGAAUAUAUCAAAGGAUGAGAUGCAUUAUGCAUUACAAGAAGUUGAUGUUGACUAAAAAUGUACAAAAUUUGAAUAAAUGCCUACAAUUAUUAAUUUAAUUUA